AUGUUCUCUCUUAACUUUAAACGUCCUCAACGCCGCAGAACUGAAAGGCUCUACUCCUCUGACGACUCCCUAUCUGAAACCGAACGCCAAGCGAUACAUAUAGAGCUAGAAGAGAUGACCCCGCAUCCUCAACGGCCAGCUGGGGCGGUAGGAAGAGUCCAGCCUUGUCGAGGAGCCAAGCGAAAGGCCCAAGAAUCCAUUGAUAAUGUCUAUCUAAAGGAAGAGGUAUGGAGGGAUGCUCAAGAAGUUUUGAGGAUAUCCAAAAGGCGGAAGAUGACUGAGUUGAUUGAGAGGGGUCUGUUGACAAGUAGGCGAGGGAAGCGCAAGGAGAUUGUAGCUUCUCAAUUGAAGUCGGACAUUGGUCAUUCUGACAAGAUGUUGAUUUACGGAAAGACCAGAAGAGGAGAAAUGAAUGUGGGCGAGGGGGCUUCUGGGACUGACUUUGUAGAUUGUGGGGAAGUGUUAUCCCGAGACAGUCGGUUAUGCGAUGAUGGAGUCCAAGAGACCGAAGAAGGUCCUCGAAGGAAAGGGAAUGAGUCUUACGAUCUCAAUGAAGCCCAAUUUGAUGAAGUGGAUGGAAGUUCGAUUACGUCCCAAAGUGCACCAAGCCGUACCAAUGUACAAGACGAAAGUGAAAAUUGUGAAGAGCGAUAUGGUCACGAAAUUGGUCAAGAUGAGAUAUCUGGUUCGUGUCAAAGCGAUAUAAGUGAUGUUGAAUCACGUUCAUCCAAUACAUUGAAUCUGCAAGGCAAAGAGAACGAGGAGGAGUCUUCGGAAUCGCACGAAUCCGACGAGCCCGACACCUCACAGAGCGAGAUUCGAUUUGAUGGUAGGCUGCUACCGUUCAAGAACCCGACAGCGAAAAGGCAAGAACAAGCCAAAGAUCGAUGUAUAAUCUGCUUCAAUGACCUCGAAACCAUCCAUCGUAAUUCUCUCCAAAGCAAUCGAGAUCCAACAUUGGUAAUUUGGACAUGUGAUCAAUGUCAAACAGUACAACUGGGAGGGGAGAAUACUGCAUAG